AAUGUCGCUUGCCUCUGCUCGCGCUCGUGGAUCGUGGAUUGAUGGGUAUGGAUACAUAAACAACAAGCAGUCUGCUUUUGGAUCGUUGGAUGUUGGACGCCGAAACCUCAAAUCCUAACAGACGACUGUUUUCUUCUUUUGUUUUGUGAUUACUGUGAAAACUGCAAAAUGACCAUGUUUUCGCAAAGCCCUCUGGGAGGAACCUCAUCUUUUGUUGGUGCAGCGGCAACUAACACCGUAAACCCAAUGCGCGACUUUGAAGUCACAUCUCCACCAGAUGACUCGAUAUCAUCUUUAGCUUUUAGUCCACCUGCUCUGCAGCAAAAUUUUCUAAUCGCUGGUAGUUGGGACAAUAAUGUUCGCUGCUGGGAAGUUGAACAGUCUGGAAAAACCAUUCCAAAGUCGAUGCAGUCCAUGCAAGGACCAGUUCUUGAUGUUUGCUGGAGCGAUGACGGAACCAAAGUCUUCAUGGCUUCAUGCGACAAGCAGGUGAAAUGCUGGGAUUUGGCCAGUAACCAAACUGUUCAAGUUGCACAACACGAUGCCCCGGUUAAAACCUGUCACUGGGUGAAAGCACCCUCUUACACUUGCUUGAUGACUGGAUCUUGGGACAAAACUUUGAAGUUCUGGGACACACGCAGUCAAAAUCCAAUGAUGACAAUUCAACUUCCGGAACGUUGUUACUGUGCUGAUGUUGAUUAUCCUAUGGCCGUGGUUGGUACAGCUGGCAGAGGCUUAAUCGUCUAUCAACUGGAGGGACAGCCCCAAGAAUACAAGAGGAUUGAGUCUCCAUUAAAAUACCAGCAUCGAUGCGUCUCGAUCUUCCGUGACAAGAAAAAUUCGCCAGUUGGAUUCGCCCUUGGCAGUGUUGAAGGCAGAGUAGCCAUUCAGUAUGUGGCACCUCAAAAUCCAAAGGACAACUUCACCUUCAAGUGCCACAGGUCCAACGGCACUCCUGGUGGUUUCCAGGACAUUUUUGCUGUAAACGACAUUGUUUUCCACCCUGUGCAUGGCACCUUGGCCACUGUGGGCUCUGAUGGGAAGUUCAGCUUCUGGGACAAGGAUGCCAGGACAAAGCUCAAAACCUCCGAAGCCAUGGAGUCACCUAUAACCAAUUGCUGCUUCAACGCCAAUGGCCAAAUUUUCGCCUACUCUGUCAGCUAUGAUUGGUCAAAGGGCCACGAGUUUUACAGUCCUAUGAAGAAAAAUUACAUCUUCCUGCGCCCUUGUUACGAAGACUUGAAACCGAGAACAAAGCCAUAAAACUCAACAAAGCGAUGUGACACUGCAUUUAGGAAUAAGACAGGACAAGAGUUAAUCAACUUUUUAAUUUGCUUCCCAAAUUCCUGUAGUUUGACUAGGUUAAUCAUCAAAAUACCAUAGCAGUCAUUAAUUUUCCCUUAUUGGUUAAGAGCUAAGCAGACAACAGAACUAUUCUUUCAUUUCUCUUUAUUGUUCUCAAAACUUGAAAACCACCAGACUAAUUAACAACAAAAUAAAAUGCCUUUCCUAUGCUUUCAGUUAGUAAAGAAAUUGUAAAAUAUUA